AUGUACCAGACUGCAACAUGCAGCAAUGCCCUGGAGGGGCUGCCAGAGAAGCUCAGCCAACUUAGCAUCGGCAGCAUUGGGUGGCAUCAAACAUCCAGCCAAGCAGUGGUGCUCUCAGCCAACUUUCAUGUUUCCUGCCCAGAGAUCUACUCAGGGAGUAGCACUAGCGAAGCCCAGCAUGGAACUAAGUCUCUUCAGGAGGGCCCGAGCUACUUCAUUGACAGCCUGGCCAGUCAGCCUGCCACCGCCUCCAUCAGCUUGGUUGCAUCCUGGCCCACAAUGGAGCCCACCCAGGCAUCAAAGACCUGCCAGCCAGAUAGGGCAGCCCCAUUUAUCGCCAGCAUGGCAGGCCCGGUAGUGGUGGAGCAGAUCUAUGCAUGCUGUCAGCUGAUACAGGGACUAACAGGGAGCAAAGAUGUCAAAGAUGUAGACCCCCAGGCAACCCCUCUUCAUUUAAAACCACGGAGGGUACCUUUUGCCAUCCGUCCCAAAUUGGACGCAGAACUAGACAAACUACUUAAGCAAGGGGUGCUAGAACCCAUGUUACACACUUUCGAACCUGGCACCAUUUUCGCCAAGUUAGACAUGUCACAGGCAUACCAACAGUUCCCUGUCGAUGAGCAGACAGCGGAAUUACAAACCAUCGUCACGCACAGGGGGGCAUUCAAGUGUAGGCGCCUCCAAUUCGGAGUCAGCGUGGCCCCAGGCAUUUUCCAAAUAGACGCCUCUGGCAUCCACCCCGUUGAGUCCAAGGUGAAGGCCAUCCAUGAGGCACCCAUACCCACCAACAAGACUGAACUUCAAGCUUUCCUGGGACUCCUGAACUUUUACGCCUCAUUCCUCCCGCACAAGGCAUCGGUCGCUGAACCAUUACAUAGGCUACUAGAUAAAGACUCGCCCUGGCACUGGGGACCCAAGGAAACCCAUGCUUUCAAGUCAGUCAAAUCCUUACUCACAUCAGAAGCGGUUCUAGUUCAAUUCGAUCAACGUCUUCCCCUGGUCCUGGCUGCUGACGCAUCCCCUUUUGGCAUUGGGGCUGUCCUGAGCCACAGACUCCCCAAUGGGUCCGAGGCACCAAUUGCUUUCUUUUCUAGGACCCUUUCUCCAACCGAGAGGAACUACAGCCAAAUCGAUAAAGAGGCCUUGGCUGCAGUGGCUGCAGUUAAGAAGUUCCACGAAUUCUUGUUUGGCCACCACUUUGAGUUAGUGACUGACCACAAACCUCUUUUAGGACUUCUGUCUGGAGAUAAGCAAACCCCGCAGGUACUUUCACCCAGAAUGACCAGAUGGACCCUGUUUCUGGCUGCUUACUCAUUCAAGUUAGUGCAUCGUCCCGGUAAGAACUUGAGCCACGCUGAUGCCCUCAGUCGCUGCCCCCUGCCAGUCCCAGUCGAAGACCCAGCGCCUAUCCACGCCAUUUUUGAGGUCAAUGAACUCAAGCUCCCAGUGACAGCCGAGGACAUCGCGGCGCACUCAAAGAAGGACAAAAUCAUCGCCCAGGUUCUGGACUGGGUGGGAAGGGGGUGGCCGGAAACUCAAUGUACAACUGAUUUUGUCCCCUUUAAAACCCGCCAGCAGGAACUGUCAAAGUUGCAAGGUUGUCUAUUGUGGGGAACAAGAGUGGUCAUCCCAGCCUCCCUUCGAGUGCCCAUCCUGAAGGUGCUUCACGAGGGUCAUCCGGGCAUCAUAAGAAUGAAGGCCCUGGCCCACAGCUACGUCUGGUGGCCCGGCAUGGACGCUCAAAUCGCCAACUGGGUAAGUUCUUGCCAGCCUUGCCAACAAACCAGGGCUGCCCCUCCAGCUUCCUCGCCCACCAGAUGGGAGAGUGCAAACGCCCCUUGGUCCCGCUUGCACGUCGACCUGGCUGGGCCUGUACAUGGCAGGACCUUCUUGGUGGUGGUGGAUUCAUACUCCAAGUGGAUUGAUGUAGCCUUACUUCCCACAACCACCACCCAGGCGAUAGUUAAGGCCCUAACCCGUCUAUUUGUCACCCACGGGCUUCCUGACACGCUGGUUUCAGACAAUGGCCCACAGUUCACAUCGUGUGAAUUCAGCAUGUACACUGCUAACUUGGGCAUCAGACACGUCCUUACAGCACCAUUCCAUCCCGCUAGCAACGGGAUGGCAGAGAGAGCAGUUAGGUCAGCCAAGGAGGCACUCGCCAGGUUUGGCCAGGAGGAUUGGCACUCUAAACUGUCUCGUUUCCUGCUCAGCCAGCACACAACGCCCUGCACCACCACCAACAAAUCUCCUGCCGAACUUCUAAUGGGGAGACGCCUUAGAACCACCCUGGACAGGCUACACCCCCACUACUGCCCAGACACCCCCUUAGGGUCCGACAGUCUGGUCAGAGACUUCACCCCACAAGACCUGGUAUAUGCCAGGAACUACGCGGGGGAUCCGUUGUGGGUGCCAGGACAAGUCGUGUCAGUCACCGGUCCCAGGUCCUACAGGAUCCUCCUAGAGGAUGGACGUUUGUGGCGGAGACACGUAGAUCAACUCAGAAGGUGGCGGAAGGGCGCUACAGAUACCAACCCAUGCCAACCUGCCAGUGCCAACGACACCUCACCAGUGCCUGACGCGGAUCCCCUGCGGAACCUGGCCUUCCCUGACGAGCAAGAGGACUGGCGGGAGAACACGACCCACAGCCUCUUGGUGUCCAUGAGCUUACGGGAAGUGUAG